AUGCCCGCAGAGAACGAAAGCAGGGCUUCACGGGAAGACUCCCUCGGGGGAAGAGGCUAUGUCGCAUAUCUGAGGAGACGAAUCGAUUACUUGGAAAGUCUGAACCAUUCGACUUCGGCUAUCGGGGUCGACAAUGCGACUGAGGCGGCUCAGGGAGAUGCGAGCGAAAUCGUCAGUCCCCAACAACGCCUUGUGGAUGCAGCUGUUAACGAGGUUGAAUACCUCUCGGUAGCCGCCAUGAGUGGUCCGAAGCGCCCACACCAGCUCGUCUCGAAUAACUCUUCUUUUGCAAGCUUGGUCACAGCAGCUUCCAAGAUGGCCCAGGAAGAAUUGUCAGCACUCUCUGGAAGAGAUUAUCCCGCUGGGAAUCCUCUCGUCAAUGUUGGGUCCCUCAGGGAACUUUCCGUGCAAUCCGGCCACGACUAUGAAUACUUUACCAACAACUGCCAUCAUAAUAUUGGCUUAAUUUUCCCUUGUCUAUUUAUCGGAGUGUCUAUCGAGAGUUUCUGGACCAUGACAGCAAAGAGAACUGAUGAUGGCACUUCAGCACUCGGCGACCAGCUACCCGAGGUGGCCUGCGUUGCUUAUGCCACCCUAAGCCUUGGGAUUUCAUCGAGCCCUAACCGCAGAGCCUUAAAAGUUUACGCCUAUGAUUUUGCUGCAAAGGCUGCAGCGCUGCUUCCGCAAGUGGCGACAGAGGCUUGCGAUGAAGAGAUUAUUCGGUGUACGAUCCUUGUGGCACUUGUUUUGCUGCACUUCCGCCCCCAGAACCCGGGUGUAUACCUCCUUGGCCUCGCGAUGACGAAGGCUAUCUCGACUGGUAUGCAUCGUAGAAAUGCUAACUCCAACGAUGAAACAACUGGAGCCUCCCUUUUCUGGACACUCUAUGUUCUCGACCGGACGCUAUCUGUAGUCAUGGAUCGCCCUUUUCAUAUCGAGGAUGGUGACAUCAACUUAGAAAUGUCCCGGGUCGCUGUUAAUCCACCUCACAGUCAUUCUAACGUGAAUUCGCAAUCGUUCUUCAUGUGGACGGUGCAUUACGCCCAGAUGCUUUCGGACUGGCGCUGUGGACCACAUGUGGAAAUCACGGUUUGCCUGUCUAGUCUUGAAUACUGGUACCAGUCCACCGAGGAUAUCAUUGACGUUGUGUGCAUGGCCGAGGGUUUGCAGAGCGCUGCUAAAUCACGCCUGGCCACAAUAUUCGACAUUCACAAAGAGCAACUCAAUUGCCGCGCGCUUAUUCAACUUCUCUACCAUUGUUUACAACGUUCCCUGGGAGAGGAAAACCGCCUUCGGCUUUGCGGCAGGCUGAACAAAGACGCACCGCGGUAUAUCAGCAACAUACAACUUUGCAUUGACAAGAAUGAUCUCGCGCCAACCGUUCUGGAUGCUAUCGACGUUCUCGGUGCAACCAUUGCAUACAUAUACUCCUGUCUGAUCUGCAGUACAGUCGGAAAACAAGACCAAGGAGCUACAAUGGCAAGGGCUUUCGGAAUCGCGGAUAUGAAGGUAGUUAUGACGGCUAUGGCAGUACUGCACAAGAUUGCAGAUGGGCUCACUCUCGCCGAAGACUUCCACGAAUUCCUCUGGAUGUUACUCUCGACUAUUGAAACGAAGGUACAGACUCCCCAGGUUGAGCCAGCACGAAGUGUAGAAGAGGAUCCUCGCAAAGCCCUAGAUCACGCCAUGGCUAGGGUUGGUGUUAGAACACCCGCGUACUGGAUUGAACUGUUGGGUGAGUGUAUGUAG